AUGCCGUCUACGUUCCUCCUCAUUGGAAUCCCUGGUUUGGAAAAUGGAGUCAUGUGGACAUCAGUCGUCUUCUGUGUCCUCUAUAUCCUGGCCAUCCUGGGCAACAGCAUCUUACUGUACAUCAUCAAAACCGAGGAGAGCCUCCAUACCCCCAUGUAUUUCUUCCUCUCCAUGCUUGCCCUCAACGACUUGGCCUUCUGCAGCUCUACCGUGCCAAAGACUCUGGGGAUCUUCUGGAUGGACGGUGGUCUUAUCGAUGCCACCAGCUGUCUGACGCAAAUGUUCUUUGUCCAUUGUCUUUCAGUCACCGAGUCGGGGAUCCUGGCCGCCAUGGCAUAUGACCGUUUUGUGGCCAUCUGUUCCCCGCUCAGAUACAGUUCGCUCCUCACCUACGGCCUCCUGCAAAAGAUUGCACUUAUUAUUCUGCUCAGAGCCAUUGUAGUCAUUUUCCCCAUUCCCGUCCUGGUAGGACAGCUCCAGUACUGCGGUGACAAUGUUGUACUACACUCAUACUGCGAUCACAUGGCCGUGGUCAAUGUAGCAUGUGGCAACAAACACGUGGACAGUGUUUAUGGGUUAGUUGUGUCUCUUUCUGUCACCGGGUUUGAUCUGCUCUUCAUUGGACUGUCCUACUCCAUGAUCUUACAAGCCAUCUUCAAGAUGCCCACCAAGGAUGCCCGUCAGAAAGCUGUAGGAACGUGCGGCUCCCACAUCAGUAUUAUUGUGAUUGCGUAUGUCAGUGCAAUUUUCUCAUUUGUCACAUACAGGUUCGGGCAGGACACCAUCCCUCCCAAUGUCCACAUCCUCUCCUCCAAUUUUUUUAUCUUAUUCCUGCCCUUCUGGAACCCGCUCGUCUACGGGGUGAAGACAAAGAAAAUUCGACAACGGGUCAAAAGGAUUCUCUUUCACAAUCAAAGUACAUUUCCAUGGAACAGGCAUUGA